CGCGUAUUCAAGUCUCUCUCCGACAAUAACUCUCACACGGCGUCACAAAAGGAUCUGUCUUUUUUUUUAAUCCGGUCCGGUCUGGCGAUUAGGACGAAACCCUAAUAACUUUCCAAGCUCUUUUUGUCUUUCUGCCAGGAAGGGAAUUGAGAGAUUGUUAAAAGGGUGCAAAAAGCAAUGAAAGGGAUUGCGAGGAUUGUGACUUCUCUUUCGCGACUUGGUGGUCGCGAGAUCAGUUCAAGAGGAAGUAGCACGGUUUCGUCUUCUUCGUCUUCCUCUCUUCUGGUAUCUCGUCGCUCACUUUUCAUCUCGGCGGCAACGCACUUUCCAACCAAUUCACCUGAUCUCACAUCCUCUUCGAGAUCUUCUUCACUUCCUCAGAAAUGGGCUUUUCUCGGAGGGCAGAGAAGGACGAUGUUUAUUCAAACACAAACCACUCCGAAUCCAUCUUCUCUCAUGUUUUAUCCUGGAAAGCCAGUCAUGGAGGUUGGAAGUGCUGAUUUCCCUAAUGUUCGUUCAGCUUUAGGUUCUCCAUUAGCCAAGUCCAUCUACUCCAUUGAUGGUGUGGUUCGAGUUUUCUUUGGGUCUGAUUUCGUCACUGUGACAAAAUCAGAUGAUAUAUCGUGGGAUAUCCUCAAGCCUGAGAUCUUUGCAGCUGUCAUGGAUUUCUAUUCUUCUGGCCAGCCUUUGUUUCUCGACUCACAAGCUGCUGCUGCCAAAGAUACUGCUAUUAGCGAGGAUGACUCUGAAACCGUAGCAAUGAUCAAGGAACUCUUGGAAACGCGCAUCAGACCAGCUGUCCAAGAUGAUGGUGGGGACAUCGAGUAUUGUGGGUUUGAUCCUGAAAGCGGAAUAGUGAAGCUGAGGAUGCAAGGAGCUUGUAGCGGAUGUCCAAGCUCAUCUGUUACUUUGAAAUCUGGAAUAGAAAACAUGCUGAUGCAUUACGUACCCGAGGUGAAAGGUGUAGAACAAGAGUUCGAUGGGGAAGAAGAAGAGGAAGGUACGUUGUCUGGAGAGACGAGAGAGUAGAGUGAGACAUCUCCUCAAGCGUCUCUGAUCUUUCCUCUUUUAGUGUACAGACGAAUAAACUCCCGUGCACUCUUUUCUGUCACUCUUUGAAUUGAUUUGUCGUGUUUUGGAGAUUUUGUAUUACACGAGAGAAUGUUCUGAGAGAUCACUAGUUGAUCUGGUUUGUAACAUUUGUUAACCUACAGGAAUAAGUUUUUUUUUUAGAUGGUUUCUUACAAGGAAAAAUUAUAUUCUUAAGCACUUAAUAAGCC